UGAAUGCUCAAUCGAGUGUAAGGGGUGUAUCUAACGAGGUUUUCCACCUGAAAGAAUUUCACGUUUUUUUAGAAACACUUUUGGAAAAACUACUGAUUUCAAAAAGAUAACAUAGAGUAAUGUUUAAAGAGAAUUUUAAACUUUCCCGUCAAUCAAUUGAAUUACUACUAUGGUGUCUAUUUACCCAUCGUUCAAAUGGAAGCGAAAAACCAUCCACCUUAUCCCUGCACACGCUUUUAUUGCAUUUUCAAUUGAGUUAACCUGAGAAAGGGGGCUGGAAUAUAAUUAUAAUGCACAAAACGUUGUUAUGUUGUGAGGGUGAGAAUUCUACUUGGAACAUUAUAACUGAUGCGAACAAAAAUGUUCUCCACGAGUCCACGUCCUUGUUGCGGAUUAUUUAUAGAAUAAUGAUUCCAACGAUAGUGACCACUGGUAUUUUUGGUAAUAUUUUAAUACUCUUGGUGCUAUCCACGCCGGUUUUCCGGGGAAUCGCAUACUUAUACCUCAAGGGGCUCGCAUUAGCGCACAUCGGAGUUCUUACAUCUUGGAUCCCCAUAUUUGCUCGCUUAGGAUACGGUAUGAAGAACGAUUACCCGUCUGCUUUCUACCACGCUUAUUUAGAACUGGUCGUUGUGAACACUUUUGCUAUAGCCAGCAUUUUGAUUAUGACCUGCUUAAUCAUCGAUCGAUAUAUUUUUAUUUUUUUCCCCGCUCGAAUUCGCAGCAGGAAUGCACGCAAGAGUGUCCGCUCUUUCGUCCUCUGUUCCUUCAUCUUGGGAUUUGCGGCAAGCGCACCGUUGACUGGGAUGAGAACGGUGUACGAAUUGCGAGAGGGUACCGGUACCCUUUUCAUGCUGCGUGAAAAUAUUUCCAUCACGCGGAAUAUGCUAUGGAACGCUUACAUUUGGAUGAUGGAAAUCACGUUACGUCUCUGCCCGAUGAUCAUCCUCUUUCUGUUAAAUAGUUUCGUGGUGAAGAGGUUUUUACAUCUGAACGCUAAAAAGAAAGAGUUCCAGUCGGUCUCAGAAAAGUUUCGCACAGCUAAUGUUACUGACACAUCUUUGUUAAGUCGGAAUCGAGGAUAUAGGGAGGAACAACAUUUAGCUACGCUAAUGUCAGUUAUGGCAGUGUGUUUUACGAUAACAAUGAUACCAUCGAUAGUGCUUCCAUUUGUAUAUCGCAGUUAUGAAAUUACAGACGUCAAUUACCUUUUGUUUAAGGCGUCUGCUGCGGUCACUGAACUUUGCAACUUCGCUGUUCACAUUGUUAUAUACUUUUUAUGUAGCAAAGAAUUUCGGGAAGAGUUCCUGAAAAUUAUUCAGAAUAGAUGCAAGAAAAGAGUUGUUGAAGAAGAAUCCGAACGACCAGUGGGUGAGAUCGAAGAUUACAGUCGACACGGUACGACAGUUCGAUUAACACCUGAACAGACGAAAUUAAAUUCCCCGGGUUCCACAAGCAAAUUAAAUGAUAUGGAUGAAGAUAAAGAGUCUGAAGUAUUGAACGCCUCUGAUAUUUAAAGAUUAUUACCUUACUGCAAGUAAAAAAUAUGGAUAAAUAAUGUGAAUAUUGGCAUAUUUUUUUCUUACACAUCUUCACCAAGAAAAGCUUAUGUUAAUCUAUAAAAUAAAAACUACGAAGAAAAAUUGUUAAUAAAUGUACAGUUUUAUUUAAAUAACAAGAAUCUUCCUUUCUAAAAUGUUAUUGAUCUGUUUUUCCAAUAUUUUUGUAUGUAAUAAUUUGGUGACACUAGUAUCACAGACAUACAGUCAUUGAACAUUAUACAUACUUGCGAUAAUUCUAAAUAGUGAAACUCUUUCUUUUAAUGACAUAAAAUAUUUUAUUUAACGUUAUUUAUCCACUCAAAACAGAUAAAUAUUUACAUGUUUUAUAUUAUUGAUUUAGUUGAUGGUAGUGUUUAAUUUUUUUCCUUAUCUAUUUUACAAGCAUUAUUUGUACAUUCUGUAAAGUUUUACCAAUGAAAAUUGAAAAAUAUUCUGCAAAUCAGUCUUUUCCUAAUAAAUAUGUAUGCAGACAUAAAUAUAUUAAAGCUUGAACUAACA